AUGACUCCAGAAGCUGCUCUUAAACUCUAUCAAUUCAAUCUUACCGCUUAUGAAAAGCAGGAAAUAUUUUCCUAUGAUCGAAUUUAUUUCGUAGGUCACCAUGCCAAUAAACGACCCAUUGACGCACCAGCGACAGCAUCGGGUAGUUCCACACCGCCUACCAACAAUUAUGGCUAUGACGAUGAGCGUGGCGAUUAUUAUAUCACUCUACGCGAUCAUCUGCAAUACCGUUAUGAAAUUUUGGAAUUAAUGGGUAAAGGCAGCUUUGGUCAAGUGUUACGAUGUUUCGAUCAUCGAACGGGUCAGAAAGUUGCGGUUAAGAUGAUCCGUAAUAAACGACGUUUCCAUGCUCAAGCAAUGGUGGAAGUUAAAAUUCUGGAGAACCUGAUAUGUUGGGACCCUGAAGAUCGUUAUCAUAAUGUUAGAAUGACGGGAAAUUUCUUGUUUAGAAAUCAUUUGUGUAUUGUAUUUGAGUGUCUCAGUAUGAAUUUGUAUGAGUUUAUUAAGAGUAAUAAUUUCCAAGGUUUCAGCAUGGGAUUAAUUAGAAGGUUUGCUAUACAAUUGUUGAACUCAUUGACAUUGUUACAGAAGCACAAGUUGAUACACUGCGACCUAAAGCCAGAGAAUAUUCUCCUUAAGCAUCCUACAAAAAGUGCAAUAAAAGUAAUUGAUUUUGGCAGCUCUUGCUUGGAAAACGAAAAGGUUUACACCUAUAUUCAAAGUCGCUUUUAUCGAUCACCAGAAGUUAUCCUGGGCAUGAACUAUGGAUUGCCUAUUGAUAUGUGGAGUUUAGGCUGCAUUUUAGGUGAAUUGCAUACUGGUUACCCCGUGUUUCCUGGCGAAAACGAACAAGAUCAAUUAGCAUGUAUCAUGGAAAUACAAGGUAUUCCAGAAAUGUACAUCAUAGAGAAGAGUAGUCGAAGAAAACUGUUUUUCGACUCACAAAAUAAUCCACGUAUUCAGCCUAAUUCCAAAGGAAGAAAACGAAGGCCUGGUACGAAACCAUUGGCACACGCUUUAAAAGCGAGUGAUGAGGAUUUCAUCGACUUUGUGGACAAAUGCUUACAAUGGGAUCCUGAUCAACGUAUGAGACCAGACGAAGCAUUAAAGCAUCCAUGGAUAAUGAAAUCUGCCUCUACCAAGAAAUAUUCUAUCAGCAACUUGUCGGCCACUCGAUGA